AUGAGCAACAAACAAAUCUUAUUUGUUAAAAGACCUCCUUCUGGUGCACUUGAUGUUAAUGAAACUUUUAAAAUUAUAAAAUCACCAAUUCCAAAAGAAAAUGAUUUGAAGAAUGGUCAAAUUUUGGUUAAGAAUUAUUAUUUAUCGUUGGAUCCAGCGAUGCGUUCAUGGAUGAGCGAGGCUAGAAGUUAUAUUCCUCCUAUUGCUAUUAAUGAUGUUAUGCGUAGUAUGACAAUUGGAGAGGUUAUUUUCUCCAAGAAUCCUAAAUUUAAAAUUCAUGAUAAAGUCUCUGGAUUAUUGGUUAGUGAUGGAAAAGGAGUUGAAAAGAUCGAUUUUCUACCUGGUACUUCACUUAUAGAUUAUAUUAGUACUCUUGGGGUUACAGGUAAACCUAAACCAGGAGAAACAGUUGUGGUUUCUGGGGCCGCAGGUGCUGUUGGAAGUAUUGCUGGUCAAAUUGCCAAGAUAAAGGAAACUAAAGUAAUUGGAAUAGCUGGUUCUAAAGAAAAAUGUGAUUGGUUACUGAAUGAAUUAGGAUUUGAUGUAGCAUUAAAUUAUAAAGAUCCUGAUUUUGAUCAAAAAUUUAAAGCAGCAACACCUAAAUAUAUUGAUAUAUAUUUUGAUAAUGUUGGAGGAAAAAUCUUGAACCUUAGUUUAAGUAGACUUGCUCUAAAGGGUAGAAUUGUUUUGAGCGGAGGAAUCAGUCAAUAUAAUGAAAAGGAGGUGAAAGGUCCUUCCAAUUAUCUUAAUUUAAUUCCUACAAGAGGCAAGAUGGAAUCAUUCAUCGUUAUGGAUUAUUACACCAGAUUUCGAGAAGCAAGAAAGGAUCUUUCAAAAUGGUUGCAAGAAGGUAAGAUCAAAAAGAAUGAACAUAUUGUAAAUGGAUUAGAGAAUGCACCCGAAGGUUUGGUAAAAUUAUUUCAAGGUGUAAAUAUUGGUAAAAUGGUGGUAAAGGUUAAUGAAGAAAAUAAUUUCGAAAGCAAACUUUAA